AUGUGUACACGAGCCAAAGAAAGAAAACAUUACACAGAUGAAGACAUUGAUGAUGACGAAAUUGAGGGGAAAAGGAAUUACAGCCUUGAUGAAAAGUUACACAGUAUCCAGUUCGAGGGGGAUUUCGUGAUGCAUAUGAAAGGAGAUGAAUUCAACAUGAGAUUCUUCCAAGAACAUGGUCUUGAUAGACCAAUUGUCUUUUUUGAGAAAACUGGCCUUGGAAUGAGGGUUCCUAGCGAAAAUUUCCAAGUCAGUGAUGUUAAACAGUGUGUUGGGAGUCGUCGUCCUUUAGAUGUAAUGGAUGCCAACACUCAACGUGGCCUAGAGAUGACUAUGAAAGAAUGGGUAAAAUAUUAUGAAAAUACUGAGAGAGAAAAAUUGCUAAAUGUUAUUAGCUUAGAGUUUAGCCACACAAAGCUGGAAAAUUAUGUGGAAUCUCCAACUGUGGUGCGUCAGACUGACUGGGUUGACACAGUGUGGCCAAGAAUAUACAAAAAAUGUCAGACAGAAUCAACCAAUAUUAUUGAAAAAAUGAAAUAUCCAAAAGUACAAAAGUAUUGUUUGAUGAGUGUGGCUGGCUGCUAUACAGAUUUCCAUGUUGAUUUUGGUGGUACCUCAGUAUGGUAUCAUAUUCUUCAUGGGCAAAAGGUUUUCUGGUUAAUUCCACCCACUGAAGUAAAUAUUGAGUUGUAUGUUAACUGGGUGUUAUCUGGGAAACAGGGCGAUAUAUUUCUUGGGGAUCAAGUGGAAAGUUGUCAAAGAAUUGUUCUUGAAGAAGGAUACACUUUUGUUAUUCCAUCAGGAUGGAUUCAUGCAGUCUAUACCCCAAAAGAUUCUCUUGUAUUUGGUGGAAAUUUUCUUCACAGUUUCAACAUUCAAGAACAAUUAACUGUAUGUGAAAUAGAAGAUAAAACUCACGUUCCUCAGAAAUUUCGUUAUCCUUUCUUCACUGAGAUCUCAUGGUAUGUUCUUGAUCGCUACCUAGCUUGUUUAACUGGCAAAUCAUUCUUGCAAAAAUCGGCUAUAGAGGCUGAAAAAGAUGAAGACUCUGAACUUGAUGAUUCACGACCUCCUUCAAGAGAUCCUGAAGAUUAUGCAGACAGGAAUCAAAACCGUUUAGAUGACAAAGACCCCAAAUCAUCUCAGCAUAAGCUUUCAAAAAGCAUUACUAUUGAGUUGACUCGAAUUGAUGAGAAAAAUCUGCCACGUGCAAACAGUGAUGAUGAAAAUACUGCCAUUAAAAGAACUGGUAGAAGAACUGAUGGUAGUGAAAAAGGAAAAGAAAUGAAGAGAUCUCGGUCACCAGCCAGUGUUGAUGACAAAAGUGAAACUGAAGAAACGCUUGGUGAGAAAGAGUCAAAAGAAGAUCUUCUAAAAGAUGGAAUAAUUGAUGGGGUAAAAUUUUUUCAAAAGAAAAACUUGCACCUGACCAAAAUUGAACUAAAAGGCCUUGAGAAGUUGGUUCAGUGGUUGGAAUCUCUUCCACCUACAAAGAAGAAUGUGCCAAAAGAUAUAUCCGAACCAGAGUCUCUUAUCAAAGAGUUUAAGCAAUUAUUGGUUGAUCAUCAAAAUGAUGACCCAGUUUUGGCUAUCACUGGAGAGCCAAUCUUACAGUGGCCACCCUCUAAAAAACUGAAACCUAAAUUAAAAAUGGGCCAUCUUGGUAAAGGAAAAUUAAGUGGCAAGAAUGCAGCUGCUCAAGCAGCAUCCAACAUCAGACGGCGCCGGACCAGGUGCAAGAAAUGUGAGCCUUGCACUCGCCAAGAGUGUGCAGAGUGUCACUUUUGUAAAGACAUGAAGAAAUUUGGUGGUCCUGGUCGGAUGAAGCAAUCCUGCAUUAGUCGACAGUGUAUGGCUCCUGUUCUCCCCUUAUCAGCGUCUUGCAUGCUAUGUGGUAAAGAGGGCGCGUUUGAUAGGGGGGAUAACUCGGAAGAGUCUGUUAGCGCACUGAUGGAAUGUGGUAUCUGUUGGGAAAUUGUACAUCCAAAUUGUUUUAAGCAAAAGAAUGAAAACAUUGAAGGUGAUGGUGUUGUUAAUGAAGAUCUUCCAAAUAGUUGGGAGUGUCCAAAAUGUUGCCAAGAUGGAAAACGAGGACAAAUUAAGCCAAGAGUGAUAAAAAGCCAACCAAAACCAAAAGCUAUUGAAAGUAGACACUCUUCCACAAGCAGUGAUGAUUUUCCACCUGAAGCUCCAGUACCUGUGACUGUAAAGCAAGAACCACCACCGUUAUUUGAAGGAAAGAGAGUUACUGCUAAAGAAAGCAAUACAAACAUUGUUCCCACUUCUAACAAUUCAAACAUGCCUAACUCAAAGGAAACUUCUGUUACAUCAAAAACUGUUAUUAAGGAGGAAACACCAAUGCCUUCCAUGCAAAAAAAAGUUGAACUUCUUGAGGAAAAAGAAAUUCCUACCAAACGAAAGCUGGAACCAAAAGUGACACAUGUAAAAGCCGAAGAAAAAUCUGUUGCCCUGAAAAAGCGCAAAUUUGUUACUACUCUUCAGAAAUGUGAAUCCUCUCAGCUUGGUGGCUCAUUUGUGACAAGAUCUGUACGUAGAGUAAAGAGAUCACAGUUGACUCUCCCAGAUGUUGUGUCCACUGCUGCUCCUGCUUUGUCUUCCGCUACUGCCUCAACUGCCAGUGCAGCUGCUCCAAUGAACAAGAGGCCCAAGCGUGAGAGAUUGGUGGACAGUGCUAAUGACCGGCAGCCUGCUGCUUCACUUAGGUUUCAGCUGCGGCAAAGAACUCAAAGGCAGAAACGACAGAAAGCAAUUGGUCGAAGAAGCAGAGGAGGAGCGGGUCCUAGGGUGCUUCAGAGAGUCUGUCUUGUUCUGGGUAACUCUAAAUCCCCCCCUUUCUCUUUCAUUUUAUUGCAAGGCAGUUUCUUUCCUUUAAGUAAUUUCUCUUAA